AUGGAAUCGCCGUUGACGGUCCUUCCGAGGGAGCUUACAACGGAGGUUCUUGGACGAGUUGCAUCUUCUUCCAUUGCCGAUCUUUACAAUGCAAAAUUAUGUUGUAAGGAGCUUUUUGGGGCUGCAGAGGAAGAAUAUGUUCACAAGCAGAUAACAUUGGACAAAAUCCCAAUUAUUCAAUGGUCUGAAGAUCGUAAAAUUUCAGACUUUCUCAAUAAGUGUAGACAAAGUAGGAAUCCGGAAGCUCUAUUCAGAAAAGGAGUGGUUGAUUAUUUUGGAGGGAAAGACGUAAGCGACGCAAUUAGAUGCCUUCAAGAAGCUUCAAAAUCAGGGCACUCCGAAGCAUCUUACACCAUGGCUGUAAUCUGGCUGUUUGAAGGAGGUGAAUCGUCAAAGCAGAAAGGCUUGAAAAUGCUUAGCGGAAUGCAGAAGUCGAGAAUUCAGAAGAGGAGGAUCAAGAAUUGUCGAGAGCGGUUGGAAAGCAUCGUGGUCAAUAUAUUAGUUGAUAACGCUUCAAUUUUGAAACAACAACCAACUUGUUGCGUCAUGGGACACCAGAGAAAGAAGAGAAGAUUUUACUGGGGCGAGGAGAUUGACGAAGAUGACAAUAUUGCUUGUGACGCCUGCACUUGCGACGAAGAGCUAACCGCAAUUCGUAAGGCUAUCCGUUGGACAACCACUGCAUACGCAGCAGAAAAUUAA